GCCUGAUCCCACCCACUGGAGCUCUGACUCAUGUUGCAGUCACCGCUGCCCGGGUAGUAUUGGUACGAGAGCAGGGAGGGAGGCUGGUUCCAGAGGAGGGAGGAGGAGAGCAGAGAGGAGAGGAGAGCGAGCUCUGCCCUCGCAGCUGAGCCGCACGCAGCGACCGGGGCGAAGCCGGAGCCGGUGCAGCCGCUGAAGGCUCCCAGGGGCUCUGAGAAAGCACCAGCUUCCCCAGGUUGUCCUUGGGAGGUGGCAAAGCUCUGUCCCUGCUGGAGCUGCUGACCACUGUCACCAACCAAACAUGCAGAGGGCAUGAGAGCCCACAGGACCUGACCCAAUGGUCACUCAGAGGAAAGGAGAAGGCAAGAAAGGGAAAGAAUCUGUUGAGAUCCACCAGCAGCUGCCACGGGGCAUUGGCUCCAGCACUGAGCUCCCAGAGGGGACCAACAGGCACAAAUGAGUUGCAGUGCCACAUCUUUCCUAGGCCAUGUCAUUCUCAGCACACAAGGCUGAACGUGUGAAGUGACUCUGCAAUGUUCUCCAAGGUCACUGUAGAACAAGGGUCACUUUGGGAAGGGCUCUAGGCUGCCUGGUCCAGCCUCACUCCAAGCAGCUUUGGAGCUGAUGAGAGCAGGACUGCUCCACCCUUGCAGCGACACCAUGGAUCCAUGUUACAACCACACAAGCUCUCAAAAAAGGAUGGACUUCCCCCUGCAGCUGCUGGUCGGGUUCUUCCUCACCAUCCUCAUCCUGAUCACUCUCUGUGGUAACAUCAUCGUCUGCCUGGCCGUCACCCUGGACCGCCGGCUCCGGAGCUUGACAAACCGCAUCAUCGUCUCCUUGGCCGUCACAGACCUGCUGCUGGGGCUUCUGGUGCUGCCAUUCUCUGCCCUCUACGAGCUCACCAAGGAGUGGCCCUUUGGCAGCGUCUUGUGCAACAUCUACACCAGCCUGGACGUCAUGCUGUGCACGGCCUCCAUCCUCAACCUCCUCAUGAUCAGCCUGGACCGCUACUUCGCUGUCACCACCCCGCUCCGCUACUGCCAGGUGGUCACUCCCUCCCGGGUGGCCGUGGGUUUGGCUGUCAUUUGGACCGUUUCACUGAUGGUCUCCUUCCUACCCAUCCACCUGGGCUGGAACACCAACGGGACAGCAGUGCAAAACACAGACCCCACCUGCCACAAGGAGUGCAUGCUGGCAGUGAACAUCGUGUACGGGUUAGUGGACGGCUUGCUCACCUUCUACAUCCCUCUGGUCAUCAUGUGCAUCACCUACUACCGGAUCCUCAAGAUAGCCAGGGAGCAAGCCAAGAGGAUAAACCACACGUGGGGCAGCGCGCCAAUGCCACCCAUGGUGAAAGAGCACAAAGCCACCGUGACGCUGGCGGUGGUGCUGGGCGCCUUCAUCGUGUGCUGGCUGCCCUACUUCACCAUGUUCAUCUACCGGGGCGUGUGGGGGGACAGCAGGAUCAAAGGCACGCCCAUGUCCAUUGUGCUCUGGCUGGGCUAUGCCAACUCAGCCCUGAACCCCAUCCUCUACGGGACACUCAACAAGGAUUUCCGAGUGGCGUACCAGCACUUGCUGCGCUGCUGGAGGACGGGACACCCCAGGAACUCCCACCUGCCUCCCCUCCCAAAGGCCCAGCCCAGGGGCAGGCAGGGCCAGGGCAGGCAGGAGGGUAAGCCCUUGAAACUGGAGGUGAGGAAUGAGAAGGGGACUCUGCUCACUGAUGGAGCCCUCAAGAGCACUGGAGCUUUUCUGUGAGUCUCAGCCAGCCCGCUGCCCUAGGACCCACAUCUCCCAGCCUUCAGCUCCUGGCUGCCCUCUUCCAGAAUCCUGUGUGUGAGGUUGCAAGGACAACGCUCAGCUUUCCUCAGCGCAAACCUCGACAGCAGAGGCGAGAGCUGCAGGGAUCCCUGCUCUGGCACAUGGCACCACUCCAUCCCAAACACUGCUGGAGAGCCUCUGCCCGCCCAGGUUUCUGCCCGGGAGGGUGCUGGGUUAGAAGAGCCCUCGGAGGAGCUGCAGAAGAACACCUCCCCAUCCUGUCUGGGCAGUGACACUUUUCAGCAUCAAGCCCCAGAGCAGCAGGAAGAGAUGCCAGAGGAGCUGGGUCAGGAGGCAGAGCAUGCCCUUGGCAGGGCAGGGCAGGACAGGGCAGGGAGUGCCUCUCCCAACCCAGGGGUCAGGCUGCAGGGGGAAGGGGCUGGCAUUUUUGAGGUCCUGGUGCCAGGCAGACCAGCCUAGGGUGGAGAAAGACAACACAGGCACCACCUUCCUGGUGUCCUUGGGAUGUACCCACCCCUCAGAGGGGAAGGCCCUGCUAAUGGGGUGAGGGGGCUCAGCGUGGGGGGUGUUGGCAGCCACGAGUGCUGGAUGUCUGUGCAAAGAACAUCCCAGUCCCCCAGCAUCCACACUGGGGCAAGGCUGCUGCCCACCCCUGGGGCUGUCCUUACAGCACACCCCCUGUCCCAGCCCUACUGCAAGGCAAGGAGAAGCCCUGGAGCCUGCUGGGGAGAGAGACACUGAGCAGCCAGGGUUUGCCCCAGGCUCUGCCCUCCCGAGAAGGCCCAACACGAAUGUUCCCAAAAGAGGAGGUUUCUGCCCCGAGCCUGUGCAGAAAUCAUCAGUGGUAUAAAAAUCUAUUUAACACAGAAGGAAAAUGCGAUACUUGAUUUCUGUGGGUGUGCUUUGUCCUGGGAAGAGCCUCCCUGCCGUGCUCCAUCCUGCUGUCCCAUCCCUCUGCUGGGACAGAACCCGAGACACAGGCACAGCUAGCCUGGGCAAGGCUGGCACCCCCCAGAGCACAGCUUGCCCUGUGGUACCAACCAGAUGUUCCCUCCCUGGUCCCUGAGCCGAUGGAGCAGGGCACACCCUGCAUCCCCCAGGCGCAGACCCGGAGGGGUGGCACGGCCGGAUCGGAGCUCCUCCUGCUUGCUGCGGGCACAGACUGGCCCCGAGCCCCGGCCACAGCGUGGGGAUCACCCUCUGCCAUCACCCACGGCGGGGCUGGGCUCCCCGAGCUGGCACAGAGCACCCCAAUCGCCCCCCAGCUCCUCAACACCCCCCGAGCCACCCCAGCGCUGGGGUCAGCUCCUGCCACCGGUACCUGGGUGGGUUUCACCCUUCCUCCACUAAUUAGGGGUUACAGAGGGCAAUCGGCUCCCAAAGAGUGAGGAAAGAUGAGAGGGGGAGCAUUGCAGCCCCAGUGCCCCCCAGCAGCCAAACCCCACCAGAACAUCAGCGGGCAAGGAAACAUCCCCAGCGAGGUGGGCAAGGUCCCCUCGUGGUCCUCCCUCCUGUGGCCUUGGGAUAAGGAGCUGUGACACUCCUGGGCUGAGCCCCCAGAGCAGACUGAGAAAUCCCCUGAUCAGCAGCUCUGCAGAGCAGCAGGAGCCGGGUCCCUGCAGAGGGGAGCUCCUCUUCCCCAAACAAACCCGGCCGGAG